AAGAAGUCACCACCUCUUUUUGGUAUAAACGUCUAGAAGAAAGGUAGGAAUUGUAGAUCCUUGGUCAGUGUUACCAACUCCUCAAAGUGAGUGUUCACUACAAUACAAGUCAUAAGCGGACAUGUGACAUAAACCAAGAAAGAAAGGAUAAUAAUAAAAAUGACAAACAAGUAAGAAGCAUAUGUGUGCCGUCCCCUAUCGUAUUAAAAAAGGCGAAGUGGUGCGUGGUGACGCUUCCCCGCAUUUGCGUGAGUGAAUAGGGCGAAGUUGAAAAAGGAUGACUCAUAACUUCAAUUAGUAUCUAAAAAUUUACCACGAAAAUUAAUUUAAUCAAAGAUUGGGCCACGUGUGAUACAAUUGGUAUAAAUAUUUAAAGGAAACUAACUUCCUUGUUCAUUUGUAAGCACGGUUCUUAUGUAGUCAAAACUCUGUAAGGACGUAAAAGUUGAUAGAAGAAAACAGAGGAAUUAAAGGAAUAGUUAGCUAACUAUAUAUAUAUAUAGAGAGAGAGAGACAGAUAUGGAUGUAAGAAAAAUUGUGGUAGUAGUGGAAGAUGUGGAGAUAGCAAGAAGAGCACUUGAGUGGACACUUGAGAAUCUGUUGAGAUACGGAGAUAUAAUUACUCUUCUCCACAUAUUCUGUAUGACAAGAUCGAAGAGCAAGAAGAAACUCAGGCUUUUACGCCUCCAAGGUUUCCAAUUGGCUCUUUCUUUUCAAGACAUAUGCAACAAUUUUUUCAAUACGAAGACAGAGAUUGUGGUGACACAAGGGGAUCAAGAUGGUGGAAAGAUUGGUGCUAUGGUUAGAGAAAUUGGUGCUUCUACUCUUGUUGCUGGACUUCAUGAUCACAGCUUUCUUUACAGGUUGGCCAUGUCCCACAAUCACAUUGGUAGCAAUUUGAAUUGUAAAGUAGUAGCCAUCAAGCAACCAACCCCACUGAUGACUAAAGGAACAAGGACAAGGACCAUCUGUUUUCAAGAUAGUUCAACCAACAUGGACUUCUCACAAAUUGAAAUUAAUGCACUGAGUUUUCCAGAAGUUACUCCACCAAAAGUUCCAUACCAAAUUUGUCCAGAUCGUCAUUCUAUCAUUUGGAGAUCAGGAAGAUCAAGAAGAUCGAUGGUCAAGAAGAAAGUAAAUUCUGAAUAAUUUUGUCAUUUCAAUAUUUGUGCAUUUUUCUACACUAUAUUAUGUGAUGGCAAAAAUGAUUCUACAUUUUAUGUUUGACCCACACAACAUUAAGCAAAAAGAGGGAAAAUAUUACUAUACAAAAUUUAAAAAAAUAACGAAUGUUUAGUUUGGGGUAUGCCAUUUAAUUUGCCCAAUCAUUAGCUCAAUGAGAGCAGGUGUCUAAGCUUUCGAGUUUGAUCAAUAAUCUAUGAUCUAUGAUAUUCCGUUACUAUUA